UGGUGUAUAAAAUAAAAAGAUAAAAUAAAAUGGUAGAUAUGCAGUAGCUAUGUGGUGUUUUUUUUUAUCGGGAUUAUGGAGUGUUUGGUGUCCACCUAUUUGCUGCUCUGAAAAGCUAUGGCUUAAAGUAGUGUUCGCUGAUUUAUCGUGAGAGAAACACUAUUGGCUGGUAGAAAAAGUACGGCUAGCGAAUAGACAUCCACUAUAAUUUAGGAAAAUAAUAAGUUAAAAUUUUCUCCUCUAAUAACUAGAAAGAUAAAGCAAAUGACUAGAAAGAAACAAUUUUGAACCGCAAGCAAACAUCCACAGUAAAAGAGCCAAAUAACAAGGUAACCUCUAUCAUCAAACAACUAGAAGGUAAAGCAAAUGAAUGAAAGUGUACCUUUACACAAAAACCGGCAUCCAAUGUAAUAGCUCCAAUUGCAAGAAAAAAAAAGGUAACCUUUGGAGAGUGUCUAUAACUUGCACGAAACUCGACUUCAUCUUAAACCACACAUUCCGCAAGCACCUCUUUUUUCUCAUAUAGCAUGAGUCCAACUAGUAACACACCUGUGCCCACUUGAGCAUCUUAGUUGUUCUACAUAAGUACACAAGUAAUAUCUAGUACACAAACAGAAAGUUGUUUGAUAUUUUUUUUAACAAAGAAAUCAUUAAGAAGCAAGCAUGUAAGAUGGUAAACGACAAACCGACUAUAGCUAAAAGAUACAAAUGAAAGGUGCAUGGAUAGCAUCAUGAGUUAACUAAUGUGUGAAUGUAUUGAUAAAACGGUGGAGAAGAUGUGUAUAGCUACAAAGGAUAGCAAAAAUAAAAAAAGAUAUCUAUCAACAAGUAGCAACCUUUAAAUAUUCUAGUUUUUCCUAUUUUAUUAUCCACAAAAGGUGAUCCCUAGGUUUCCUAUAAAAGGCACUGAUGUGGUGUCCAUUCUCAUCGAUCACCGAUAGUGCUUUUUGGACUUUUGGUUUAUCAGGGCUCCCAAACUUCUAAGUUCUAAUUAAUUAAGGUGAAUCUAUCAAGCCCAAACAAGAAAGAAAUGGAUUGUCCAAUUAACAUCCGUACAUCACCAAGGACGCCCUUGUCAUUGUCUAGGCAACAGAUGAUAGAAGAAUUUUGGAUGAAGAAACAAGAAGAAAUUGAGGCGACUAAGGACUUUAGAGAGCGCACAAUCCCCGUGACCUAUCUCAAAAAGGUCAUUUGUGCUGAGAAGGGUAAAAUGAUGAUGACAUCUGAUACCCCAACCUUCCUGACAAAGGCAUGUGAGGUAUUUGUGCAGGAACUUUCUGUCCAUGCUUGGGUGUGUGCUAGUUCCCACAAUCGUAGCACGAUAUUGGACUCUGAUAUUGCAGAGGCAAUUGCCUCUAUUGAGUCCUAUGAUUUUCUAAAUGAUGUUCUACGCGCACAUCUUGAAAAGUACAAGUUUGAUCCAUGUCUACAGUCUACUAAGAAGCCUCACCACAUGUUGACAAGUCAGUCAUCAACAUCCCUCGAAUCUUCUUUGGAUCAAUACCAAAUGACACAAUUUAUUCCUCAAUAUACUAGAUACAAUCCCUUUCUUUGCACUCCUCAACCUUUGCCACCAACUAAUGCUAAUCCAAUGCAUUUACCUUUGCCACUUCCACCACAAAGAGCAUUCUCUAUAAUGGCAACCCCAAUAACACCUACACCAAUUGUGAGUGGAUCAUUCCCACCUAUCACAUACAUGACAAAGGAUCUAUGGUUCUUGAGGAAAUGCAUUAGCAACAACGAUGCUGCUUUAGGUCUUAUAACUCCUCAUCAAUUACUUCCAAAAGCACUACCCAAUAUUCCAAACAACUGCUACGUGACUACCAUUGCUUCUACUGAUACAUAUUGUGUUGGUAGUGCUAGCACUAAUAAUUUUGUUUCUCAAGAUGGUGACAUGACAUUCCAUUUCCCUCAUGUUCCUCUAAAGCCCUUUCAAUUAUCAUCCUCUUCAACAAUGGAUAGUAUUGGUUCCCCUAUAUAUACUGAUAUCACUGAAUUGAAUCAUACCAAACUAGAUGUUACACAUACUGGAAAUUCCACACAUGACAUUAAUCCUAAAGCUACUUUCAAUGUCGAUGAUGGUGAACAAAAACAUAUGGGAGUUGAAACCACUGCUGCCAAUCAUAUGAAUGUUGUGCAUGAAGAGUUAGAUUCAAAAGUUGUUAUUACUACUAAUGUGGGUGCAAACGACAAUAAUAUAAAUUGGGAUGAAAUUGACAUGGCCAGUGAUUCCAUGCUGAUGGAGUUUUGGAAAGAUGUAAUGAUGGAAGAAGAAGAAGAAUUGACACCUUUGCCAGCAACCAAUGAUCUUAUUCUACAUCCUAGUGAUAUGGUGGAACUUGAGGGAUGUUGUCAUGGUUCAUAUCUUCUUGAUGACAUCAUGUUUGAUGCAAGUACCGAUGGAAGGCACAACUAGAUCGAUUAAAGGCAGGAGAAGAAAGCAAGGACAUAUAUAUGUAGCUAGUGACAAAUAUUUUCUAUUUGUAUAUGUUGGUGUCACAGGCUUCUCUAAUAAAUACAAAUUAGAAGCAAACCCCAUG